CAUUCAUUCAUUAAUGACUCUUUUAGCAGUUGUGUUUUGCCUUUCAAUUAGUUAGAAUUCGAGUGUAUUAUUUACCCAUUAACUAAAAUUAUACUUAAGUGAAAAUUGGACUUAUUAUUAUGAAGAGUUCUCUAACUAUUUGCUUCUAUUUUAUUUGUCUUGUGUAUUUUUCAAAUUCACUAAAAAUCAAUAAAGGGUUUUUGCAUCAACCUAGUUGUUUAAGAGUUUAUUUACUACAAUUGAUAGAGAUCAAUGGAAUAUAUGCCUAUUCUCUUGAGGCUUGUUAUGAUGAAGACAAUAUUAAUCGGCGACCUCCCAUAGGACUUGAUCCGGAGUUUGAAUUGGAACAACAUAAAACAACAUCACAAGAAACCUGUUUCGAUUUAACCGCCUGUAAUCUUAUAACCGAUACUCAUGAUUUCUUUUAUUGUCAUUCAAAAACCGCCGCCACAAAUACCAAUAAAUUUGUUGUAAUGCAUUUGAAUGCUUCCUCCAUGGCCAUAGAGUUAAAUGAGGAACAUGAUGAGAAGAAAAAGGAAAUUUUACGUUGUCAGUUAUCUGCUAAACGGAAAUAUAUAUUUGAUAUUUAUAAUGCCCACACGGAACAUCUGAAAUGUUUAAAUUCCAGGAAAUGAGAAUGAAAAAAGUUUAUCUCCAUAAUAAAUCAUAGAAUAAAAAGUUAUAAUACACAAUAUAAAAUACAAAAUGAUUUAUUAUUAGAAUAUGAAUCAUGAAAGUAAAACUGAGGAACUAAUAAAUAAAACUGUGUUAUUAACCGGA